UCUUUGAUGAUCAGAUGACCACUCAAUUUAAUCUUGACUUCACGCACAACCGUUGCUAGCCAGUCGUUGAACAUUAAUAUUUCUCAGUCAUUUGAACUUCGUUAGUGGUAAUCCCAUUGGUAUUUGGAGAUCUACGAAGCUCAAACUGGCGCCUGUUCUUGUGUGGAAUCCUCGUCCAUUUGAUUUCGUGGUUACAACGUUGCAACACACCAUCACUGAAACUACCCUUUCGUUUCAAAUUUCAAUAUAGUUUACCCGGUCGAUGGCGACCUCGCGCACGUACCCUCCUCCAGUCAAUUUAAAGGAACGUAUUGCUGCCCUCCAGCAGCGAAACGUGUCCCCAAGUCAACAGCAAAUGUCUCAAUUCGCUUCAAAGAACCUCCCGAGUAGUGGAACCGGAUGUUUGCGCGACAAAAUCGCCAAAUUUGAGGAGAAGGGAGGCAUCCCAGUUCCACGAGGCAGCUUCGGUAUGGGUGCACCUCAGUUGGCAGAAAACGCACCAGCAAAGAAGCGUGGAGAGUUGUAUGGGAAUCGAGUGCAAAACAUGGGGAGACCGGGCGGCUCGCCGUCAAGUCGCUCUGGUUCACCUCUGCCCCCAGCGGACGACUUACCUUUGCCAAGAAAACGUUGUGUCUCUACCGGGGGUACACUCUUGAAAGGCACUCCUCCGAGAUUUGCAACGGGGGAACCUAUCCCGCCGCUUCCGUCCACACCGUCGCCAAUCCUUCCUUUUGCUCGUCGCAACUCCCUCGCAGUCGAUUUUGGUCCUACUCAACGUGUCGUUAGCUUUGGGGAGGUGUCUCAACAUGUAGAUCAAGACCUAGAAUCCCCUUCACCUUCACCAUCACCAUCACCUUCUCUGUCUACUUCUCCUUCGUUGGGAGUAAGAGACCCUGCUGGAAUUAUAGCCCCAUCCCAGACCCUUGAACCUGUCACCUCAUCAGAUGACGUACUUCCCCAAGAUAUGAAUGCACUAUCACAGGCAGGGCAAGAGCCAGCGGUACUAGGGCUUGGCUUGCAGGCUGACUCUAAUCCAGUGCCUGCGAUGGCAUUGGAUGUUGUUGCGUCGUCUCAGUCCUCGCCAGAAGUUGUAACUGUCGUGAAGGUGACUUCCGUUGUUGAGCCUGAUCAGACUAUUGAUCCUCCUUCGGAUGAGAAGCCUCAAUCAGCAUGUCAUCACCCACUGUCGGUAGAUGUGUCCAUGACCGAUGCUCAGCCUUCGGAAGCUGCCCUUCCUGACUCGUCUUCAACUAUUUCGCAUUCACUCGUCGCCCCCAAUACGGUUACCGAAGACGACUCAGUAUUGACCCACCCUCUUACAUCUACCAUUACCUCGGGAUCCGGUGAUGUCAAUAACAAGAAGCGUGAUGACGUAGCCACAUCAUUACUGGCAUCUGAAUCCCCUCCUACUGAGGAAUGUGGGACCAUCUCUCUCAUCAUACCUCCCCAUCCACGGAUCCAGGUACAACCCAGCCCCCCAUCACCUGAUUUAGAGACUGCCAAGCCUGAAGUAAAGCGCUCCUUCACGGCUGUAGUGCAUCACAAGGUCACUGAAAUGGCCGCUGCCACCGCACCGACUUCAUCCCUUUCCACAUCAAUGACACCACAAGUUGCGCGAGUGCGGCGGACGGGGAUCACUAUUACUGCCGAGCCGCUUUUGGGCUCGGGCUAUGGAGAACUCGCCAUCCUGCUAGAAGAAGCAGCAUUGCUUGAGAUGAAACUGACUGAGGGUGAUGGUUCAGAGCUUGUAGACGCCGCGCUUUCCAAAACCCCAACCGUUGACACUUUCGCAACCGACAUCCGGCCCGUAUCUUCCUCAACACUCACAGAACACGUCAAAGCUCCAUCCACGGAGACCGCAUCGCUUUCAGAGCGUUCUAUAUCUAUCCCAUCCAUCCGAGAACCCAACAUGGAUGGGGACAUCCCCGAGGAGGAUGAGGGUGAUGGGAGGAGUCUAGCUUCUACAUCUACGUCACAACGGUCACCCUCACACAAGAGAUAUCUCUCGAGCAUUAGGCGAUUGACUAGUCGUCGUUCGUCGAACUACAUGCCCGGGGCGUACCCUCGGGAUAGUAUUUCAACAUGCUCUGAGGACUCCGCCCCGGUCGCUACACCAUCUGAUCAUGGAGAUGGAUCAGGCUUUGGUAUCACAUGGCCAGUCGUUUCUACGAAGAAAGGCGGUGCGGGAAAGUCUAGCUCGUUUGCGGACAAAUUGUUCAACCGCAACAGAACCAAGUCGAACGUCAGCAUAGUGGACACAGACCAAGGCUCGAUAUAUAACUCGCCGAAAAGGUCGUUUAAAUUGUCCCAGCCCCCGGCCCUAUCCCCAACCAAAAGCUCUCCAGGUCGCCAAGCCAGUGAAUUGCCCGGCUCUCGUCCAUCGCACUGGAUGGUCUCACGGGACUCGUCAUCUUCUCCUGCUCCCAGUAUUCUUGAGAAGGAAAUCUUUGAUGAAUUCCCCUCUGUCCCACAGACACUUCCCCCGGGUCCACUUCACCUAUCUCCAGACCUCUCGAGAGUCGCAGUUCGUCACUCGUCAACUCUCCCAGUCAAGUCUCGGAAACAUUCGCAACAAAGGACAUCCAUGGUUUGAAAUGCUUCAUCUUGAGUACCGAAGGAGUAAUACGGACUCGGAGUUAGCUAGUCGCUCCUCGUGUUGUCGGGACUGUUUGUUUUCGUUGUGUAUUUUCGCUAUCUUUCAGCAUCGUUUAAAAUUGAAUAUCGAGUUCUCUAAUAAA